AAAAAUAAUUUUACAUUUAUUACAUUUACAUUUGUUAUUUAACAUUGUAUUCUACACAAUUUAUUUACAUUUUUUUUUGUUUUUUUUUUGUCGUGGUUGCCAUGUCAGUGAAUCCUGUUCAAAUUUAGCCAGACUGAAUCUGUGUUUGCAUAUACAUUUUCACUGCCAACAUUUGUGUGUCUGAGCAAUAUUUCAUGAUGCCAUCCAAGACUAAAGACAAAAAAAAGAAGCAGAAAAAGGACAGUCAGCCCAAAGAAGAGAUGCCCACGGCUCAGGUAACUGAAACUGAAGGGGAAACUAAGGAGUUGGUUGAGAAGUCGCCUGCAGUGGUGGACAGGCAUUCAAUGGCAGAAAAGACCAUAGACGAGAUGUGGGAGGAAUAUGGAACCCUCCUAGAGGAAUUCGAGGGUGUGCAGAAGGAGAAGAAGCACUUGAAGAUUGAGAUUGCCCUAAAAUCUUCUGAAAACACUGAAAGAAAGAGAAACCUGGAGAAGACCAAGGCCAAGAUGAGAGAAAGGCUCAAGUUGAAGCAGGAUGCUGAGAAAUGCCGCUGUGCAGAAAUUGAAGAGCACCAGCAGAAGCUGGCACAGUUGGGGAGCGCACACCACAGUGAGAUCCAUGAGCUGAAGAUGGCUGCCACAGCCAUGACUUCAAAGACCCAUAAAGAGCAUGUAAGGUCAGAGCUCGAGCUUCAUAUGAAAAUAAACCUUUUACAGGCGGAGAAGAGAGAGAAAGAGACCCUCACAGAACUCUACAUGAAAAAGCUCAAGCAGAAUCAACUGGCUGAAUUAAGAGAACAAAAUCAGAGCAAUGACAAAGAAGUUAGAGAAAUGGAGGUCCGAUAUAUGAAUAAAACAAAAAUCAUGUUAGAAGAGAACAUGAAAAAAACAAAAGGAGAGGUUGAAGAGAUUGAAAAGAGCAUGAAAAUCUUCACUGCAAGUAUUAUAGAGAAGCAUGACCGGUCUUCGAAAGAGCUCUGUGACCUCAUUAAAAAUUUGAAUGACUUGGAAAGGGGGACAUUGGAGAGAACACUUAAAAAGGUGACGGAAACGGUGGCGUGGCAGGACAGGUCGAUCGCAGCAACUAAGCGGAAGAACAAACACAUGACUGAGUCUCUGCUGGAAAUGGGGCAGAAGUUUUCUGAGAGCCGCCAAGAGCUGAAUGUCCAGAGAAAAGCCAUGGCUAAGAGAAUCCAGAGGAGCAACAAAGUGACUGCACAUAUACUCAAGGAGAGACGGGAUCUGUAUUUGAAGAACCAGCAGUUAGAGCUGAAAUAUGAACAGGCUCAGCAGGAGCGUGAAGAACUGCAGAGGAAGCAGGCCGAGGCCCUUCUGGACGUGCAGCAGAAAAGCGACCUGAAGGUUUUGGUGCUGGAGAGGCAGAUCAAGUCUUUGACAGAAAAUCUGGAGAAAGAGCAGUUUAAACUCUGGGUGGCGCUCGCCUUCGGACUGGGAGACCAAACGGCUGCAAAAAACAUUAAGGAGCUGUUUGAUUCCAAACACGCCACCAUCAAGGCCUUGAAGGAUGACAUCUCAGGAGAUUUAAUGGAGUAUGACAAGGCAGCUAAGAAAGCCACUGCUCUGGAGACCUCUGUGGACAAGUGGCUCUCAAGUGGUGACAUGGAAAAAUCCAUCAGGAAGACCUCGGAGGAUAGCAAGGAUUCUGUCGACUUGAUUCGGGGGCUGCUGGCUUUGUGCAUCUCUGAGGACAAGUCUGUCCAAAGGAACGCGCUGGGACUGAACCCUGCUGGUGCUGGGUCCACACAGUGAACUCAGACCUCUGGGCUGUGCUCAUCUGCUGUUUCUGGAUGUUUUUCAACCCAAAUCACCAAAUUUUUCCACCUCUCUCUCUUUCAAUUCAUGAUAAUUUAAAUAAAGUAAACUGCACAAACAGA